AUGGGUAGACGUCAUGGUUGGGAACUCCCUUUUCACACUUUUCAGGUUGUGGCUAUAACGGUUUUUUUCUUGUUAUGCAUUGCUUAUUAUGCCUUCUUUGCUCCUUUUCUUGGAAAGGACAUCUAUGAAUAUGUCGCUUUUGGUGUUUAUUCUGUACUGGCAUUCUCUGUAUUCCUUCUCUAUGUUCGGUGCACUGCCAUUGACCCUGCUGAUAUGGGAGUAAUGCUUGAUUGUGACAAAACUUCUAAGAAUAGAUCAAAACUUGAUGAAGAGUUAGCAGAACCCAACAAGAUAGGACUAAAGGAUGAAGGAUUGUCCGAUCAACACAAUUCGAAUGGGUGCUCCAAAAUCGGAUGUUUCUUGUGUAGUUUCCUUGCUAUAGAAGAUUGCCGUAGUGAUGAAGAUCUACAGCAACAAUCUGGAGAGGAGGAUGCUUUGUUCUGUACUUUAUGCAAUGCUGAGGUUCGGAAGUUCAGUAAGCAUUGUAGAAGUUGUGACAAAUGUGUUGAUGGAUUUGAUCACCAUUGCCGGUGGUUGAACAAUUGUGUUGGAAGGAAGAAUUACAUCUCGUUUGUGUGCCUAAUGGCGGUGAGCCUGCUUUGGCUUGUAGUCGAAUGCGGAGUUGGGAUUCUUGUGCUUGUCCGAUGCUUUGCUGCUAAGAAGGAUACAGAGUAUCUGAUAGCUGAAAAGCUUGGAGCUGGAUUCACUCGAGCCCUGUUUGCUACAAUAGUGGCCAUAUGCACAGCAGUUUCUUUACUUGCGAUUAUACCACUGGGAGAAUUAUUCUUUUUUCAUAUGAUCCUGAUCCGAAAGGGUAUUACAACGUACGAGUAUGUUGUUGCCAUGAGAACUAUGACUGAACCACCCGGUCCUUCAGUUGAUGCGGGUGAACAGCAGAGUCUACCUUCAUCUCCUACUAGUUCAGCUGUUACUGUGAUAAGCGGAAGAAGCUCUGUCGGAAUGAGUUUGCAGAUCAAAGGUGCCUGGUGUACACCUCCGAGAAUCUUUAUGGAUCACCAGGAUGAAAUGAUACAUCAAUUGGAGCCAGGCCGCCUUCCAUCUACUAUGGACCCAGAUGCAAUACAACCACCUGACAAAGGAAAAAAAUUGAACCAGCGCCCAGUACGAAUAAGUGCAUGGAAACUUGCAAAAUUAGAUUCCAACGAUGCAGCUAAGGCAUUAGCUAAAGCUAGAGCAUCAUCAUCCGUGCUUCGUCCUAUUAGUUCUCGAUCACAUGCAUAUGAUGCAGACCAUUUAUCAAGUAGCAAUGUGAGUGGAAGAAGCAGCCCUAAUAGCAACCAAGGAUUUCAUAAUAAAUAUGAUGCAGCAGGUACAUCAAGGCUAUCUCCUUCCAAGAGCUCAUACCCUCCCAGUCAAGCAAGCAGGGAAGAUUUAGAUGCAUGUCACCACAGUAUGAGUAACUUCAGCAGUCCACAAGUCUCCAACUUAACUCCUUCCCCGAUUCAGUGGCCAGGUUUGAACCGAGACCAUUUCAACCCCAUGUAUCAGCAACCAUCUCAAAAUCCGUCUCCUUCAUCAGCUAUAGGAAGCAAUGGGAAUGUAAAUCCAGUUCAUGAAAACGGUGCACGUGUGCCGAUGAGAAAUAACAGCCUGACUGUCUCAGAGAAUAGAAGCUCGUCAGUGUUUUGGGAUCAAGCAGCGGGACGCUUUGUCCCAAACCCAUCUAGAGCUCAAGGCAGCUCUCACGCUCCUGGAACAGAGUUAACAUACACAGGCCGCUCUAUAUUUUUUGGCAGCCCAGCUCUUAGUGAACAACAGUCAAAUGCCGGAGCAAGAAAUAAUAGCUCAGUAGCCGGUGUUUUGGACAGAGAUAAUACAGCAAGAGAUUUUCAACAAGGUAGAUCACAAAGAGGUGCUCAACUUCCCGUGUUUGUUCCCAGCUAUUCGCAGCAAAACAAGUUCUCAUAG